AUGCCAACUCUUCCUACUGAUGCCCAGGCUCUUAUCCGAACCACCCAGGAAACUGAGAACGAGACAGUAUUCUCGACAUCUCCAAUAUCGUCAUCCACCACUUCGCCGUCGAUUCGACUUGAUUCUUUAACAAUCGCAAUUAUCGGAAUAGUUGUUGUGGGAGGACUGAUUAUCUUUGUUUUGUUCUUCAUUGUGUUGCAUGUCUGCUUGGAGAGCGAGAUUCGUAGCAACAGUCUCUCAGAGUCAGGUCGUCGUUAUGUACCUCUCGGAAACGUUGAAGAGGGGUUCAGAAGAGAGAGACUCCGAAUUAUCAGGAACACACAAUUUUUCUGA